GGUGGGCGGAGAGGGAAAUGCUCUGUCCCAGUGAAUUUGUGAAAAGCUGGAUUACAGUGGUAGAAAUAACACACACGCACACCAAUACACACACACACGCCGGUAUGUUUCUGCGUAUACUUGUGUAUACGAGAAACUUGUUGCGUCUUAUGUGUUACGUGCCCCUCCCUUUAUUAAUUUUUGAAUUCUCCUUCUCUCUCUCCCUCUCUCUCUCUCUCUCUCUCUAGCAGCAAGUAGUUUAGUGAAACGUCAUUUAUUUAGUAUUUCUCUUAAUUGCACACGUAAUUCUCUCACUCUCUAGACAGCAGCAGUUUAAACGUGCGUGUGUGUGUUGUGUAUAUAUAUAUAUAUAUAUAUAUAUAUAUAUAUAUAUGUAUGUGUGUAUGUGUGUAUUUUUAAAUAACAAAUGGAAACUUCUAUGUCAAAUACCCAAGACGUUGACAGUACAGAGCCGCCAGAAGAUCCUGUUGACGAUGAAGUAGAAGCAAAGCUAUCACUUUAUGAAAGAUCUGCUGAGGUUUCAGAAACAGUCCAAGCAAAGAGCAUUGGGAAAUUUUGCUGUUCUAGUAAGACCUGUGCUGCUUCCAUUGUUUAUUUGUCACUGUUCUACAAUGUGUUUGUUUGCAGUGGGGUACCAAUAUCUUUGGGUGUCAUGUACCCUGAACUCAAAGCAAGUUUCUCCAGUACAAAUGCUGAAGCAGCAACUAUUGUAUCAUUAGCAAUGGGUCUCCUCACAUCUGGUGGAAUCAUUGGUGGAUUCUUGUGCAACAAAAUUGGUGCUAGGAAAACCAUAGCAAUGGGAAGCAUCCUGUCUUUCAGUGGAGCCUUUGCUAGUUAUUUCGCAGAGAGCAUACUCACAUUAAUGUUUACGCUUGGUGUUUUUGUUGGUAUUGGAAAUGCUGUCGUCUACAUUCCUUCAAUGGUGGUAGUUAGUGAGAAGUUUGACAACCAUGCUUCAAUGCUCACCAUGAUUCUCACAGCAGGCCGGCCAGCUGGAGUCUUGUUGUUUCCUAUCAUCAUCAACUUUCUAAUGGAAAUCUACUUCUGGCAAGGAACAUUGCUCAUCAUCAGUGGGUUCUUGCUCAAUAUUGUAUUGUUUGGCUUGCUGGCCACCUCGCCGAUUCUUAUUCCUUCUUCAGAUGUUCAAAAUACAGAUGUUCAAAAGAAAACCUGGAAUUUCUCUGUGUUAAAAAAUACCAAGUAUGUGCUGACAAUGCUGAGUCUAAGCAUCAUGAACAGUACCCUCAGUGCUGUUGUUGUCAUCAUGAUAGAUUUCUUCAUGGAGCGUGGUUAUAGCAAAGGUAAAGCUGUCUUUCUCUUAAGUGCCCAGUCCUUUGCAGCACUUUUAGCAAGGGGUCUGACAGCAGGAAUGUCCUUUUUACCAAGCAAAUGUCGGCCUCCAGAAAUCUUUCUUCUCUUUAUUAGUGGAAUUGUCUCCAGUACAAUACUUUUCUCUUUACCAUUUAUAAACAAUUUCACAGUAUUAUGUAUCAUACUAAUAAUAUCAGCUUUAUUUGUAGGGAUAAGGAACUCUGUUGUUCCAACCCUUUGUUUAAAUAUUCUUGGCAAAGAACAUUAUGCAAUGGCCUUAGGUUUUUCACAAACUUUUAUUGGCCUCGCUUCUAUUGUAAUGGGAUCCCUUGGAGGUUAUAUCCGAGAUGUCACCAAAUCAUAUGAUACAACCUUCAUGGCAUUUGCUGGAUGGACAUUCUUUUCAACUUUAAUUCUUAGCACAAUCUACAUAUUUCUCUACAGUAAUUUGUUCAAAGCUCCUAAAGAGAAAAAAACUGUUUGUAAUGAUUUCAUUUUGGUUGAACCGGAAUGCCAAUUUCCUCAAACCUUGUGAAUCAGUGGUUGGUGGGAUAUGUACAUAAGAGAACUCUCAACAUAAAGUUACCCAACCCCACCACUAAUGAAUAUUUCUAAUUUUAAAAAUAAUCUUCCAUCUUUUAAAUUUUCUAUGGUUCAUUAAUGAUGAGGUUUCCUCAUAUGACACAAUGAUGGGCACACCACAUGCUUCUGUUAAUUACAGAAUUAGUGUGUCAUUGUUCCAUUGAUGUGUCUUUCACUGCCCUUAAAGUGCAAGCAGCACUAAAAAGGACUGUUUGGAUUUUCAGCUGCAGAUUCAUUGUCUGGAAAAGUUCUAGGUGACAUGAACAACAGUCAAAUUGCCUCCAAUACUUUAUUUUAUUGACUCCCAGAAUAAUGAAAGGCAAAGUUGGCUUUCUUGAAUCAUCAUCAUCAUUAUCAUCAUCAUCAUCAUCUUAUGUCUGUUUUUCUGUGCUUGCAAGGGUUGGAUAAGAUUUCUAUAACAACACAUAUCCUUACUUUUCAACAGCUGUCCAUGAGUUUUAAUAUUCCAAAAGCAUUAGAAGCCAAAAUUAUUGUAGAUAUCAGAGUUAUAUUUGUAUGAUGAUAAGUGACUUGUUCUGAGAUUGUGUUGAAACCAAAACAAUUCCAUAACGGAAGAGCCCCAGUAUCUAUUUAGAAACACAAGUAAACUGAUAAAUAUUAACUUUUUUAUUAUUUAUUUCUUAAUAGUAUACAGAAGCAGAGUUGAAUUAUGAGUUGAAGAAGGGCAGCAAAACUUUUUGAGCCUUCAUAACAGACUGUAUCAAGCCUGUUGCCUGGGGAUGCUUUGGAAUAUUUUGCGUGGAAACUAAUUUGUAUUGCAGGAAGAUUUUUGUAAACUGUAUUUUCUAAAUCCGAAGGUGCACCAUUGAAUCAUGAGGGGUCAGUACCAUCCAGUGCCCCUCACGUUAGCGAUUGGCAUGGACUGUAUUAAUAAGAAAGAGUGUGAAUAUAACAAUUUGUAAUUUCAUAAGUGACUUUAAUGGCUCUACCAAAGUGAUAAGUAUCCCUGGUUCUUAUGACGGUGACUGGGGUUUGAUUCUCCUUGUGAAAUGCUUAGUGGUAUUUCACCCAUUGCUACAUUCUGAGUUCAAAUCCUGCCAUGGUUGAAAUUUCCUUUCAUUCUUUUAGGGUUGAUUAAAUAAGUAUCAGUUACACACUGGGGUCGAUGUAAUUGACUUAAUCCCCUGCCCACAAGCUGCCCUUAUGGCAAAAAUUGGAAAUUAUUAUUAUUAUUAUUAUAACAUAAUGUAUUGGUCUAGUACUGAGCUUAAUAUAAUUGACUAGCACACCUGCCUCUCAAAAUUGCUGGCCCCGUGUAUGUGUGUGGCUGUGGGUGUAUGUGUGUACAUGUAUAUUUAUAUAUAUACAUACAUACAUACAUACAUACAUACAUUCACAUACACACACACACAUACACACACACACACACACACACACACACAAGGGGAAACAAAAAUCUAAAGUAAAAGAUUUUUAUACAAAUAGUAUAAUUUUUAUUAAAUCUAAAACUCCUAACAAAUGCUAUGUUCAAAUCAAAUGUAGAAAAUGUGUUUCUUUUAGUGUCAAACCAGCUUUUAUAAUCUUUUGAAUAUCGGUUGACAUACUUUGAAACAUAAAUCAGCUGUCAAAUGGUGAAAAGAAUGAAGAUUACAUAGUCACAGCUGGAAUUUUUUAAGUAAUGAUACAUCUCUUCAUAUUACUGACUUAGGAGCAAACAACUGCAAUGCAACAACAAACCAAUGAGGGAGCUUCCUCAGGGUAACAUGACCUGUAUUAAUAUGUAUAUACAUUUGUGUGUGUGUGUGUGUGUGUCCAUAAACACAGAGGUCUUUUGCACAGUUUUUGUGAAGCAAAUUCCAUGCACAAGCUAUUAGUGAACAUUAUUAGAAAAAAAAAGACAGUUGUUCUAGGUGUCAUGAGAGGUCAACCAGGAACCAUGAGGCCGCAAGGCAAAUUCACUUUCCACACAACCAUUAUUUGCACAUAUCUGUAUAUUUUAAUAAUAUCAUAUUAUAUGUUUAUGUAUAAAUGUAUGAAUGUAUAUACGUGAGAGUGUGUGUGUGUGUAUGUGUGUAUAUAUAUAUAUAUAUAUAUAUUAUAUAUAUAUAUAUAUAUAUAUAUAUAUAUAUUAUAUUCACUGAAUUUGGUGGCAUAAAAGAUGUACUGGUAUAUUAAUAUCACUCCAAUUUCUGCAGCACAUAUCCAGGAAAAACAGUAUCAAAGACAAAAUUAGCUUAUAGGAAACCCAACUUUAUGUAUAAGACCCAGGGUCGUUUUUUGGAGACAUUUUUUGAGGAAAAAUUGCAUUUUAUAUGCCAUCAAAUAUGGUGUUUUAAAUAUAAUUAUGUGUGUGUGUGUGUUUGUGUGUGCAUGCAUGUGUGAAUAGACAUCCAAGAGUCUAUAAGUCAGAAAAAAUAUGCACUUGUAUAUUUGUCAAUAGAGUGGGCAUAUUAAUCAAAGAGUACAGUAUUAGAUAUCCAUUACAACUGGUCUUACCAAUCAGUUUCGCACUGGGGGUUCCCCAGGGUGUUGGAUGUUGGAGGUGAACAGACAUAUUUUGUUCGUGCUUUCUGGGAAAAAGAUGAUGAAACAAACCACGCAAAGGUUGAUACAAGGGACAUAACUCUUAACUUUAACCCGUGCAUGGUUCAUUUCAUCAUCUCUUUCACUGCAACUACAAACCACAUGUGUCUGUUCACUUCCAACAAUAGAGAGCAGUCACCAUAUUUCAUUCCAUAACUGCCAUCUCUGAAGAGCACAAGGUUAUGUAAUCAGGUUGUUACCCAACAUUCUAUUGAACCCCUAGUCUGAAACCGAUCGGUAAGAUCAACUGUAAUGGACAUAAAAUAUUGUGCACUUCAAUUAAUAUAUAGAUUUGAGGUUAAGUCAAAAACUAUACAGCACUCUUGUUUCUGUAAUUUAUUAAAAUAAAAACACAGCUUGCACAGUUAGAUCAUUUUUUACAUAGUCUCCUUGCUUUUUUAUGCACUUCUUCCAGCAGUCCACAAACUUGCUAACUCCAUUGGGAAAGGUUUUCACCAGGUUGCACCACUUUUUGUGCUUCUUCAUCCAUAGCAAAUUCACAACCUCAUAAAGAAUGUUUGAGCAGUCCAAAGAAGUCAUAGAUCUGGAUUAUAAUUGUAAUAGCAAUUUGAAACCUAAGUUUUCAAUGGUUUCAAUGGUGUUGGUGGACCUAUGUGGGCAUGCAUUAUCAAGCAAUAAGGGCACUUGCUUUGACAACAGACCUUGGCAUUUGAUGCAAAUUUUUGGUUUCAGUUUGUUGUCCAGCAUUUCACUGAACAAACACAGGUGAAUGUAGAUGCCUUUUCCAGGAACAUUACAAAUGAUUAAGAAAUGGUGAAGGUGGAUCACAUGAUGUUGUUAGAAUAAGAUUGGUUGUCCACGCUCACUUGUGUGUAUAUAUAUAUCUAUAUGUGUGUGUGUGUGUAUCCAUUUUGGAAUAGUGCAUCUCAAAGCACAUAAAGCUAUAAAUAAUAGGAUGUAAAUAUUGGGUUGAAAAAUCUCCUUUUUAAAUAGAAAAAAAUCAAAGGCUGCUCAUGGGAUAUGAAUCCACAUUGCUUGUAGAAAUGACAGACAUUCUAUCCAAUAUUUAAAUGCUAUUAUUCAUAGCUUUAUGUGCUUCAAGAUCCACUUUUCCAAAAAAGAAUUAUUUCAUGUUCUCUCAAAUGUUUAUAGAUUCUUAUGAUGUCAACAAUAUGUAUGUCUGUAUUCUAUGCACAUAUGCAUGUGUGUGUGUAUAUCUUUGCAUCUGUGUUUGUCUCCUCCAUUUCUUGAUAACUGGCCCUGUAACUUUGCAGUGCAGCUAAAGGGAUGACAAAAUAAGUGCCAUACUUUAAAAAUAUGUAGCAAACUUAUAAAAUAAAUACUGUGGCUGAUUCAUUCAAAAACAAAUAAAAGAUAAAAUACAAAGAUAUGUGGUGUA